UAUGAUUGGCUGACAACCAGGUGGGUGGAUCAGGAGAAAAACAAACAUUGCCACAGGCUUUGCCACUCUGUACCUGCCUGUCGACUGCCUACAGUUCACUUUCGGCUCGGGUCAGACACCCUCUUUCAACCUUUCAGCCCAUUUAACUCGCUGCUUCCUUUCUCUGUGCAGCCAUGAGGACCACUGUGGUUGCCGUUGUCAUGGGGAUCUUCUUUGGGAUGAUGGCGGAUGCGGACGUGAAGCCCCAGAAGGAUUUCAACCUGCAGAGGUUUGCAGGGAAAUGGUACCGGGUGGGCCUGGCCUAUGACUCUGUAUCGUUUGUCCCCUUCAGAGACAAACUGAAGGCCUCCAUGGGCAUUGUUACAGCACUGCCAAACGGCAACGUCAACCUCACAAUGUGGGACGUCACACCUUUAGGUUGCCAGGUUAUGGUGUACCACUAUGAAAAGACCAACGUACCUGGACAGUUCACCUACUUCAGCACACGCCAUAACAUGGUUAAGGACAUCACGGUGAUGGAGACAAACUACACUGAAUACGCUGUGGUUCUCAAACACAAGGUUUUCAACAGAGAGUACACACAGGUGGCUCUUUACGGUCGCACUCAAACAGUCAGAAAUGAUGUCAUUAACAAGUUUAAAGCCUUUGCCUUGUCCCAGGGUUUCUCCAGAGGUUCUAUUCUGACUCCACCUCCAGCAGAAAAUUGCACACCAUCACGAUCUGGUUAGGUUCCCUGACGUGCCUGAGAUCAUAUUCUGAUGUUCUGUGAUUCCCGGCAUUUACAGUAUAACUCUCUCUCUCUCUCUCUCUC